UUACGGGGACCAAAGUUUACUAGUUUAUAACCUAGCCGCACCUAAAAUUAUUGUUUAAUUAUCAAGUUUUUCGCGCAACAAAUCGUAUCAUUGCUCUGCCUCAUUAUUAUUGUAGAUCGGGCAGGAGGAAGGAACAAGAAAAAGGAACCGCAUAAUCAACCAUUUGGGAUACCGACGGUCUGAUGUUAUAAGCAAUCUAAACUUUAAAACGCUGCGAUUCUUCAGUGUUCACAGCAGUAAGAAUGUCAAAAGUUGCCCGUAGCAUUUCUCUUGAAGAUUGGGAAGAGAAAACAAAAUUGAGUGAGAAGCAAAACCAAAGCGUUUAUGAGUUGCAGAAUGCUUGUGCGGAAUUACCACUACCUCCCAAUUGGUAUAUUCAAGAUAAAAUGGCAGGGUCGCCCAUCGCCACUCCUGGUUUUCAGACACCAGAGCAGAGCACCUAUACCAGUGGACCUGUUAAUCCACACUUUCUCGCUUCUCGUUUGUUGGGCUCAGAUUCGAUCAAACGUACACUCUCAACCGCCAAUCUUCUAGCAGAAGCAACCGCAGCCGAUACAGCUGCUGAAAAGCAAAUGGCUAACGAAAUAGGAUAUAGAAAACCUAUUGAUACCCUUCAAGAGUUUUUUGAUUGGUUCACAGCAGUCGAAACAGAGAUGGAAAGAGGACAAGAAGAUGUCUAUCAAAAUCAUCUGUCCACCGUCUUGCUCUAUCAGAAUGUGUGUGAAGAAUUUCUGGAGGAUUUGAAAGCAACAUGUCAAUUGUUUGAUGAUCUGAAAGAGAAUUAUUCAUUUGUAGACUUACGAACACGUUCCAUUCAAGAGGCAUGUGAGACGUUGCUGAAAGAGCAAGAGAGGCUUACACAUGUCGCGGAUGGUUUAUCAUCCCGAUUAGCCUACUUCAACCAGCUAGAAUCUGUUGUAAAACUAUUCAACUCGCCAGGCGAGGACAUAUGUCUGAAACCUGAAUUCAUACCAAUGUUGGAUAAGUUGGAUGAAUGCAUUAACUAUAUGCAAGAACAUCCUGAAUUUCGGGAUGCUGAAUUAUAUCAUAUGAGGUUCCGUCAGUGUAUGACGCGUGGUAUUACCCUUAUUAAAAUGUACGUUGUGUCUACUAUUAAAAAAUUGACGCAGGAUAUCUACAAUGAAAUACGCGAUAAAAAUAAGAAAAACGCAGCACUAAGCACAGGCAAACAUAUCAUCAUGCUCUAUGUCAAAUUUAAUACCAUUGCCCCUACCAUCAAAUCAUUGACAGCCCAAGUUGAAAAACGAUGUGUUCAAAAGGAAUAUCAGUCAAUAUACGAUGAGAUGCUUUACAACUACUUUCGAAGCAGACAGCAACUACUGAACCCACUAAUAACAAAAAAGUUGCAAGAUCUGAAAAAGAACGAGACGGAUCUACUAACAUUCGUGAAAGAUAGCUGUGCAUAUAUGAUGGGUCUUUGCUCUGACGAAUACAAUCUAUUUUAUAAUUUCUUUCAAAAGUCGAGCGAGCAAAAAUUAUACAAUUAUCUGGAUCAAUUAACCCGCCACUUAUACAAUCAUCUUCGACCGAGAAUCAUUCAUGAAAACAAUACAACUAUUUUAUCAGAACUUUGCAAUGUAUUUUUAAUGUAUGUAAUGCAAGAUGAAAAUGAUUCCGUAUUAGGCAUCACCGAGGAUGCGAAUGAGGUCAAAUUCGGUCCAUUAAUUCGAAAUAUUCUGGAGGAUACGCAAGCACGUCUGUCCUAUUUGACAUAGAUACUUUUUCCGUAGAUCGGAUGAAAUCACGGCUUUAAAAAUUUCAACACUACCAAUGAUAGCUAUUUAGAUCCUCUUCCUUCAUAGAUUACCUAUAUAUUUGUUCUAUAAUAAAUCAGGCAUGAAUCGCUUAGGGGAAAGACAUAUUGGACAAAGACAACCAUGCAUUACACCAAUACAGCUUUUCAAAAUGAUUCGCUUCCUUCGAAACUCUAGAGUAAAACAUAAUGAAAGCAGUAGGAUGGCAUUUGCGUAGAGUCUAGGAGGGGUGGACAGCAUUGCCCUGGAACACAAAUUGAUGAUAAAGAGUUCACAUGAUUCAUUGAAAGUAACUCUGACUGCAGAUUUAGAAUAUUUGUAAAUAAUUCACGGAAUAUCAGCAAGAUCUAUAAUAGCCUGGUUGUCUCAAACAGGAUUCAAUGAAUAUGGAUGAAUAUACUAUAAUGAAGAAUUUGUCA